AUGCCGCCGCCGAUGACACGCCAUCGCCGCUGGGUCCGGCAGCAGCUGGAGACGUGGGAGAGCUGGCCCGACAGCGUUCACCUCGUCUUCGUGCGGAAGCUCGUCGAGGAACUCUCGGAGCAGUUGGAUGUGGCUCAGGAUGCUUCAUCCCGGCGGAUACUGAGUCUCCACGAGACUCAGUAUGCCGGCUGCACGACAUCCCCCAUGCUUGCCAACUGCACUGGCAUGUUGGAGACCGUGGUGGUAAAGGAUGGCGAACCCGCAAUUGAUGCUCCGCUCUUUCUGCCUUGUGGCAAUACACUCGGCGGGGACUUGAGAGCAAGCGACAAGACACAGAGACCGGCUUGUGACAUGGAGUUGCUUCCAGAGCAGUGCCACCUGAAGGUUCGCAGGCAGCGGCGAUCUGUGCCUCGCUUGCAGUGGGCACCUCGAACUUCUCAGGGCCGUGCUGAAGAAAGCUUCCACAGGCAUGAGGGCUGCCCCGUCGCUGCAUCGACACCCCGUGCGGGCACCACAGAGACCCGCCCGGGCAGAAAAAGCAGCGGCGGCGACAGUGAAGCCAGCACGAGACUGCCCGACGGCAACAAGAGCGAUUCAGACAUCGACGAAGAGUGGUCCGGGGAGGAAUUCGCCCCUCACGACCUCCUCAUGACAAAUCUGUUGCCGUUCUUGAGCGCGGCUUGGCUGCGAAGUGGCCAGUGCAGGGGUGUCGACAACAAGACGUUGCAAGAGGUGUUGUCGGCGGCCUUGACAGCGCACGUGGCUGAGGUGGGCAGCAUGGACAGGCCAGAACAGAUUGUCGCUUUCGUGGAGCAGAUGGAUCUGGUCGGAAGUAACCCGGAUACACUCUUCGCCGAUGUCUUCCAGGGUCGGUGGUGGUCAACGGCCCUGGCAUCCAAGAGAAAACCCAAUUUCGCGGAAAGCCACGCUAAGCGCAUUGUUCGCAAGAACCUCCGAAGUCUGCUUCGGCACUGCCGGAGUUCGGAUGUGGCCGUUGCUGAUGCCGCCAUGCUCCUUGUAAUGAACCAUGCUGUUGAGGCCCUCCCUUUUGUGCAGGGACCUAUUGCAGAAACCAUGCUCGGCAUGACGGAAGAACUUGUGGAGUCCAGCAUUUCCAUCAACAAGGACAAACUACUUUUUUGUGGCACGAUUCUUGGGCUUGUGCUGCGGGUGCUGAGCAAGCCUCAGCGUCAGAGGUGGGUGUCCCUUCUUGUACUGCUGGACGAGGACUUUCCCAAACAGCCAGUGAUCUGGCGGUUGAGGCUGCUCCGGCUUGCAGAUGAUGACCCCUUGCGAACCUACGCGGCGGUACGCCAGCAGCCGCGGCUUUAUGCGAAGUCCGCCUCGAAGUGGGACUGGGAGGAGAACGACCAAAGCUUGAAACAACUGAGAACAUCGCUGGUCCGGCCGAGCCAUGGUUUGGCAGCAGAAUGGCUGCCCAUGGAACCAGUCGGAGAGGUGGUCACCGUGGACAUGGUGAAGGCAUGGCGGAAGCUGUUCUCCAAAAAUGCCAUCACCCAGGCUGUUCUGCACUGCUUUCGCGGGGGCAAAGGAGGAGCAGGGAGAUCAGCCACUCGGCUGAUGGUUCGCUUCGGAGCCGGGCACGAUGACUGCACAGACAAGAAGACGAAAGCUGUGCGCCUUCACCUUCUCAGAGAGCUUCCGGACCCGGAGCAGCCCAACAUCAAGGCCUGUGGAUCUAAGUGCGACAAGAGCACGUCCACGGGCCCUUUAGCCUGCUCUUUUGGAGUACUUUUCUGCGGCUCGUCUGCAAUGCCAGAUUCCGGCAAAGUGCCAGACAUCCUAGCCUGGCGUGUGACAUCCGCACAGACCCGGAGUCCCGAGGUCUUGUUACGGCAUGUGGCCGAGCUUGGCAGGUUGGACACGCCGUCCGAUGCAGUCGUCGCAUUUUCUGAUGGGGUGGACCGCAUUCUCUCUGACUCCGAACCUUUCCCCGACGAUGUCGAGCGCAAGAAGCGCUUCGAUUGUCAGGACUGGUGCGUGAUGCUUGCGAAAACCAACACAACCCAUUUUUCUGAAGAUUAUGUCCGCCAAACCGUCGGCAACAACCUCACUGACUUGUCAACUCACUGCCUGGACUCUGAUGAAGGCGUGCGUGCGGCAGCGCACCAUAUCAUUCAAGAGCAUGCCUUGGGCACCCUCGGCUUCGUGAAGGAGCUGAUCGCAGACACCGUGCUCCGUCAGAUGACAGACAUCUUGUCAACCGGCAGGGAGACACAGACGACCUGGAGGCUCAUGGCACCGUACAUGGACCAUCUCGAGCCGCUCCUGCGAUGGCUGACGAAGAGUCAGCGUCAGGAUUGGGCAUCUCUGCUUGUCAAAUUCUUACAUAGCCUUCAAUCAGCAUCAGCUUCAAUCAGAGCUACUUGCCAGAAGCUGGCGGUUGGUCAUCUGAAGCUCCUGUGCUUCGCGGAUGACGAUGCCAGUCGAACCUAUGCAGAUGAAAGGCGGCAGCUCCUGGCCUUGUCGGACUCGCCGGACUUUGAAGAGGUGAAGAACGGCAUGGCAAGUCUAUUCCGUUGCUAA